UACAUUCUGCCUUCUUCUCUCUUUUCGAAGUCCUCUUUGCCAGCAGAACUCAUAGAUUCAUGUGUGUUGUAUCUCCUUCGCUACUUCUUCUUUUCACAAGUUUUCACAGAUGUCGCUGCUUGUUAAGUCUGAGACUACGGCCGUGGUGGAUGAGGAGCAGCGUCAACACGUUCCAUACAUCUUAAAUGGAGAGCUGUACAGCAUUCAAAGCCAGGUGGGGGAUAAUGUGGUGGUCAAGUGCUGUAAUUGUCCGCCGGAUCGGGUUUAUCGCGGCAGCGUGCGUUCCACGGGCAACUUUCAUAUGCACAUCAAGCGUCGCCACACAUCUUUGUUGGGAAAACUGCAUGAAAUGAAGGUGAUUGCCCUAGAGGAACGUCGUGAUCGCAUUAUGAAGAACCGUGCCAUUGAGAAACCCCGUAGAAAACGACGAUCAUCAUCGUUGUGCAAGCUUUCAACAACAGCAGGACUGGCCGCAGCGACGUUUGAGCCGGUUGCACAUUCAACACCGACGGGAAAGGAAAUCCAUGAGUUGAAAAUAAAAACGGUGUUUCAGCGCCACCAACAAGAGCACAGCGAGCAGAAGGAGGAGACGAGCACAAAAACACCCUCUGCUUCCGUGAGUGAAUAUUCGACUGUAGAUCACAACCAAAAUCAGGUGAAGCUGGCCACGGCGAAUAUGCCGAACUGUACCGAUAAUUCGAAUAUCAAUGGGCUAAUUGUACAACAUGUUCGCACUCUUCCAACUCUUAACCCCAGCAUGGUGGAUACCCUGAUUGCCAAUUACAGCCAGCUUAGUCCCGUGGCGGCUGUGCCGAAGGUGGUGCACUUGGGCCACGUUAAGGAGGAGCAACCAAGUAAUUUGCCAUUUCGUACAGAUCAGCCGGCGCCGAUUGAUCUGACUACAACAUCCUCGCAAAGCGACAGCAAAUCCAGCAUGUCUAGCAAAUCGUAUUCCAUGGAUGAUGUUCAAAUGGCUGGCUCAUUGUCCCAUUACAUGGAUGGGCCACCCAGAGAUAUUCUGCAACGCCUUGAACGCACAAUGAGCGAUAUAAGUCAGGAGCUGCGUUCCCGCAACCAAAUUGAGCACAACCGUUUACUCCUGGAGGCAGCCAAGUUUAAGUUCUUACACCCAAAUUUCCAGUUUGAGCCCACCCUUUAGGUGUUUCCAGGGAUCGAAACCAGUGAAGAAGUUAAAUAUUAAAUAUGCAUAUACAUUAUAUAUACUCCAAUUGAAUAUAUCCACCAUAUUGGUGAAGUGCUGGUAACCGUC